AACACCUCAUGAGGAAUUUAAAAAUCUUUUCCUAGUUUAAGAUUUCAGAUUGUUCUCACAUGUCUAUCAGAAAGUCUGCCAAAAUAACAGUAACCCCCAAGGACAAAAAGAAUAGAUGAGACAACAGAAUGAGAGAUGUCAGCCAGUUUGCAGGAAGCUAAACCAGAUGAAGAAAUGAAUUCUGAAACUAAAGAAAGUUACAUGUUAAAUGUCUGCAAAGGAUAUACUAAAGAGACAAACCCACUUAAUAUAGAACCUGUGAGAGGCUCAAUUUUUGCAGGUGAAAGUUGCCAAGGAAUGGAGGAAGGUGUGGGGCUGGAAACAUGGGAUUCAUUAAAGUCUGUGUAAGAGCUGUUGAAUGUCCAGGGUGUCUAUCCCACCCUAGGAAUCCAGAUGACUCCCCCAUCCCACAUACAGUUUAUUUUCUAGGUGAACUGAAGCAGAGAAAUCAGACCCAAGUGAAGGCAGGCAUGUGAAGGAUCAGACAAGGGAAUCAAGUGAAAAUCUAUAUCCUUUACUGAAGUAAUGUCACCAGUCUUACCCCAUCUUGGUCUUACUAAAUCAGCGUCCAAGGCUUACAUACCGCACAGCCCUCCCCGCAUCCCCCAGUCAAGAUGGGAAGAUUAUUCUCUGAAGAAACCAUGCAGUUCCAGAGAAAAACCCAAACACUGACAUUUGGGCAUUCUCCAAAGAAUAGGCCAGGUCACUACUACAAUGAAGUCUAACAAACUAUACAUGCACAAUGCUUUUCAGUGCUUCGCUUUUAAAUAUUGACAGCCAAAGAUAAUCAGACAAGGAAAGUUUUCAAACCGAAAAUCUUUUCAGCAUACUUUUUAUGCCUCAUCCCCCAUUUUGUUUUUACCUGGAAAGUAAAAUACCUCCAGGCCUUAGAAUGUAAGCCUUAAGAGAAUUUGUUCCAGUACUGGGAUUAUGAGCAUCUGGGAGGAAAAUUUGAGUCCUAACAGCAGUACCCUCACUUAUGUCCAAAAUCACAUCUUGUCUUGGAAACUAGAAGUGUUGUUACAUCCUGAACUUAACGCUGUUGCUGCAAUAAAGCUCUAUAGCUCCUCAAAACCUUGAAAUUUACCAAAUAUGCAGCCAAACAGCUCUUUCCUAGCAAGUUUCUUAGCAUCACAUAAAUACAUGUUUUCCAAGCCUGUUGUAAACUGCCGUGUCCUACCUCUAGAAAAGACAAUUAAGUCCCACCAGCUCCCAGGGCUCCAGUCCCAGAAUCCUUGGCGAUUUUGCCCGAAAUAGUCUUUCUCCAGCUCCGCAGGCACAGAAUAGCGGCCCUGUCGGCCUCAGGCCUGGCGCCGCGUCCCCAGGCAAGGGAGGGGCAGGACCCGGAGAGGCGCGGCGGGGCGCCUCCUCUGCCUUUCGGGCCUCAGAGACCAAUUGGGUUUCCGAUCAAAAGCAGCUGCCGAUUUGUCAUGUAGACACCGCCCGCCCCCGCCCCCCACACCCGGUGUGUGUUUGUCUUCCCUAUUUUAAGCUGCUGAUUCUGUAGAUUGACCCUUUGACUCCAGGCUCGAUCAAUCAUCUCGCAUCUUGUGAGAAAUGGGGGAGGAGGGUUUGGCCGAACAGGAAAGCUUUUCUUUCCCCGCCGUGAACAGCGGCGCCGGGAGUCUCUGGCCAUAAUUGCAAGAAUUGAUCGAUAGCUUUCAAUUGCUGUGUUAUAAUUCCUUGGAAGUGCUGAUUUAGCCCGCGCCCUGGGCGCAGCGGGACGCGGGGCGCGCUGGGGCAGCCGCGCGCUAGGCCGGGGGUUAUUCCGGUGCGCGGGGUGGGCGGCCCGCGGCCCGGUCUGGGGUUAAGCGGCUUCUCCGGCCGUGGCGUGCGGGCCGAGGGAAGGCGGCGGGACGCGAGACGCCCAUCCUGAACUCCAGAAGGUUGCCUUCCGCGGAGCUCGGCAGAUGAGCGGGCGAACAUGAAGUCCAGUCCUGUCAUCCAAGCCGCCAUUGACCUCACCGCGGGAGCCAUAGGGGGCACAGCAUGUGUCCUGGCCGGGCAGCCUUUCGACACAGUGAAAGUGAAGAUGCAGACGUUCCCCGGCCUCUACAAGGGCCUCAGCGACUGCUGCCGGAAGACGUACUCCCAAGUGGGUUUGCGGGGCUUCUACAGGGGCACCGGCCCAGCGCUGAUGGCCUACGUCGCUGAGAACUCUGUGCUCUUCAUGUGCUAUGGCUUCUGCCAACAGUAUGUGAGGCAAGUGGUUGGACUGGACAAGCAAGCAAAGCUGAGUGACCUGCAGAACGCAGCCGCUGGCUCCUUGGCUUCUGCGUUUGCUGCGCUGGCGCUGUGCCCCACUGAACUUGUGAAAUGCCGGCUACAGACCAUGUACGAAAUGGAGAAGUCGGGGAAAAUAACAAAAAGCCAUAAUACGAUUUGGUCUGUCGUGAAGAAUAUCCUUAAAAAGGACGGCCUACUGGGCUUCUACCACGGGCUCUCGAGCACACUACUUCAAGAAGUACCGGGCCAUUUCUUCUUCUUCGGUGGCUAUGAACUGAGCCGAUCGUUUUUUGCCUCAGGGAGAUCAAAAGACGAACUAGGCCCUGUCCCUUUGAUGUUAAGCGGUGGAAUUGCUGGCAUUUGCCUUUGGCUUGUCAUAUACCCAGUGGAUUGUAUCAAAUCCAGAAUUCAGGUUCUUUCCAUGUCUGGGAAACAGGCAGGAUUUAUUGGAACUCUUUUAAGUGUGGUGAGAAAUGAAGGAAUAGCAGCCUUAUAUUCUGGACUGAACGCCACCAUGAUUCGAGCCUUCCCCGCCAAUGGGUCGCUGUUUUUGGCUUAUGAGUACAGCCGGAAGGUGAUGAUGAGUCAGUUUGAAACAUACUGAAGUGUCUUGGUGAGCCCUGAUCCAAAUGUAUGCCUUUGAGGACUAUGGUUUAUCUCAGGGCUUCAUGGAGUAUUGGACCAAUUUGGAAUCAUUUUUUACUUCAUGGAGAUUUUUUUUUGUCUUCUUCUACCCUAAAUCUUAAACUUUAUGAAAGAACCUUUAUUUUAUAUCAUAUAAUUUCUUCCCAUAAUUGUAUUGAAAUAGAUAAGUUGCUGCUCUUGUGUUUGGUGGGAUAUACAGAGUGAGCAGGUCCUAUAUACCUAAUCUGAAGAUUAAAUAUACUGUAUUACUGCCUUUGCAUUAACCUGUACAUGUACAUAUACUUUGGUUGGUUAUAUGUUGUGAGCAAAACACAGCUUGGUUCCAUGUUUAAUCUUAUAUCACCAGAAUACCCAAGUUAACCAUGUUUCAUGAAGAUGGUUAUAAAUGAUGGCUUAACCCAUUCACAAUGUAGGGUCUCUUUAAAACUCAACAUGUACACUAUACUAGGCAAUUAAAGUUUUUAAAAAGUUUUCAUGUGGUACUUGAAAACCAAAAUACCCAUCUAGAUUUUUAAGAGGAGAAUAUACCUGCAUACUGGUGUGGCUUCCACAUUCUUGAGUUAAAGUUUCAGAGUAGGCAUCCUGGAUUUUCUCAAGAUGCUCUACUCAUAAAAUAGUGCCAUUCAUUUUCAAAGUGGGAUCAGAUUCCACACUCUCAGGUGCAGCCUAAGAGCAUCAGGCCUGUGGCAAGUAAUGCGACCUUCAUCUAUACCAACUUCCGUUCUUCCUUCCCAAAGAGCUUCCCCUCUACUGGGCUUUAGAGUGAGGAAGUGGUUAAGGGGAUGGAGCUGUUGAUCCACUUUGCAUCAUUUACUGUCCUCUCUGCUGCCACCAUCAGAAACCCUUCCAGAAAACAAGAGUGCCAAAGCCCAGAGAACCUUUUGUUCCCUGUUUGCUGAUCAAGUGACAGUACUUGUGGGUGAAGUCCUCCCCUUUCAAGGCAGAACUAGACAGAACUUAGUGCUUACAUGCCACAGUGAAUAAGGUUAGCACCCACCCAUCCUGAAAUACACCUCAGUACGUGGCUCCUUGUCACCCUUUCACCAUGUUGGAAACUUCUAAAUUUCGUACUGUCCAUCAGUGGAUUUUUUGAUGACUGUAUAUGGAGUGUGACUUUACAAAGCAGUGAAACAUAAGAAAAAACGUUUAUUAAACUAUGCCAUAUGUAUGUAUAGAUGCACUAACAACAACAACAACAAAAACAGAAAACAAAACAAAAAACCAUAGUUCCCCUGACCCCCACAGACUUGGUGAUAAACACCUGUUCUUUGGCCAUGUGUUGUAGGAGGGUUGUGCUUGUCACCACUAAACUAAGCCUGAGCAUUCUUCGCUGCUCUAGGAGCGGCAGGGUCUCUCUCAAAAAGAAGUAUUUUUAGGCAGCCAGUAAAACAGGAAGCAAGCGGGCUAAUAGUCUUAGUAAUAGUCUACGCCAUGUGUGUCUAUCACUGUUGACAGGAUAUAAAUCUCCCGUUUCCUUAUCUUUUUGCUAAAUGUGAAGCCUCUGUGGUAACUAGCCAUAGUGAUAGAGCAAGAAGGUCGAGGAAACAAUAUGCGACAAAUUGGAGCUGCAACAGACAUAUGGGGAGGGGAUGCCCAGUGUACCUGGUGUGCUUGAGAGCAGCGCCUGGCAUGCCAUUUGUCUUUUCUUUAAAAGCAAACCAUUUUUUUCCAUUUUAUUUUUAAGUUACAUAUACAUUUAAGUUAUAUAUUCCAUAUUUAAAUGGUCAGCAGCUGCUUGGUAGUAGGCCUGGAUUAAAUCCUGGCUUCCAGCAGGAAUUGGACCUCUGCAGCGCCCACACCCCUGCCCAGCACCAGUGAGCUUUUCUCAGCCCUGUUGUCAGUAGACCUUUUCACAUAUUGUCUAAUAAAGGUUUAACUAAGUAUCUGCAAUAGAAAUAGUUUGAGACAAGUAAGAGUGAGUGAGGGGCGGGAAUGGAAAACUAAGUCAGAAGAAUUUUUUUCCACUCUAUUUGCUUAACUCAUGGCUUGAUAUUUGGGAGCAGUUUGUACCAUUGCAUAUCUACACUCCAGACAAAAAUAGAGUAACUUGAAAAUUGUAUUUAGAGAAAUCUGAGUGUUCUAUCAUUAAGCUUUUUAGCUAAAUAAAAAUGUUUAUUGAACUCA